AUGUCGGUUUUCUUCAAAAGAGUCAUGUCGAAAAGCACCAACCUAUCAACGCAGGCGGCAGCAGCUGGGAAGGCGGUAGGUACGACGGCAAUGGGGGUGGCACCUACGAGACUUGUACUUAUCAAUCAACAUCUUCAAUUCUCUAGAACAUCUUCAAACCAAGUAACUAUCAAAACUGGUAAAUCGGCACCAUUAGUUAUCCCGACAAAUCAAGGGACAAAGUAUACUUCUAAUUAUGCCAAUUAUGCCACUACCAACGACGGUAAGAUUAUAUCGUACUUUCAUGAUAUUCGACUAGACCUCGAUCCCCAGGAAAUGGAAGCGAAUUUUAUUUGUGAGAUACCUCGUUGGUCAAAUGCUAAAUUUGAAAUUGCUAGAAACUCACCAGGGAACCCCAUAGUUCAGGACAUAAAAAAGGACAAAGUUCGGUUUGUGAAAAACUUGUUUCCAUACCAUGGUUAUAUUCACAAUUAUGGUGCAUUUCCUCAAACUUGGGAGGACCCAACCGAGGCACACCAUGGACUAUAUGGUGAUAAUGAUCCUCUUGACGUAUGUGAGAUUGGUUCAAACAUAUUGAACACAGGUGAUGUCAAACGUGUAAAGAUUCUUGGAUCCAUAGCUUUGAUCGAUGAUGGGGAGUUAGACUGGAAAAUAAUCGUUAUUGAUACUGCAGAUGAAUUGGCUAAUCACAUAUCAGAUAUUGACGACUUGUACAACAAAUGUCCCGGACUAUUAGAGGCUACAAAACAAUGGUUCAAAGAUUACAAAUUGGCCGAUGAAAAGCCAGAAAAUAAAUUCGCAUUUGAUGGGAAAUACCUAGGUGCAAAGGAUACAAUAAAAGUUGUACAAGAGUGUCAUGAGAGCUGGAAGAAAUUGAUUAACGGGGAAAGAAGUAAAAGUAAAAAUGGAGUAGUGAAAAAUAUGCCAGCAAUUAUUAAUACCACUAUUAGUGGAACCCCUGGAUUUGUCGAGGAAUUUGAAGUAAAACUUGAUAAUCCCGCUCAACCUGAUGCCGUGAUACCUUCAGAUAAUAACAAAAGCUAUUAUUUCAAAUCGCAAAAGUAA